GGUGGAGCGCGGUGGGUGUUUCCGCAUUCCGCUGGGAGCGCGCACACGAGCCGAACUCAGCGCGGAGACAGACGCGACGCAUCCGAGACCCUCCUCGAUAUUCCGCUGGAAAGUUGCCCGACCUGACGCCGGGAUGCCGUACAUCCUCAUCAGCACACAGAUAAGACUGGAGACGGGGCCCACCAUGGUUGGAGAUGAAUAUUCAGAUCCGUCUAUCAUGAACUACCUCGGAGCCCGGAAAACCACCAUGCUGGGAAACAACUUCUCAGAGUAUCAUGUGGAUGAACCGCCGAGACUCGUCUUAGACAAACUCGACAAGAUCGGAUACAGAGUUGUUAGCAUGACGGGGGUCGGACAGACGCUGGUUUGGUGUCUUCAUAAAGAGACCAGUAACACGCUGUGACUCCAUUGUGUCUUGUAUUCCAGGAAUAUAAAAGAAAAGCCCACAGAAGUAAACAGAAACAUGUGACGGCCGCGAGGAUGAUGGAUAGAAGGAGCAGAAGAAAAGUGUUCUAAGAAAAGUGACUAACUGGAAAUCUGGUGAUGGAGUCUGAUCACUGCGGUCUGAUGGUGUGUAGAUGACAUGAGGACCGAAUGUGGACCGGACAUGCAUGCAAAACACAACCAGAAGCAGAAACACAGCAUGAAAAUCAGAAUGCAUUUCUAAUUGCUCUUGUAAAUAAUUAAUUGGUGCAAAUUAAUUUUUUUUUUGGCACAUUUAUCAAAAUGCACUGCUUAAUUUCAUUUUGGCCGUCACCAAGGAUGUCUACAUUACCUGGAGUUAUAUCUGCUCACAUUCACGUUCAUCUCAAAGGCAGAUUUGGAAUUCUUACUGCCAUCAUAGAACUUUCUGAGCCAAUCACCUGCGCCGUAAAUGCCAUGUGACUAACGACUCUCGAGCCGCAGGACUGGCUGAUGAUGCCACAAAAACACACGCCGUCUCAAACCUUCACUGUCAAAGUCAGCAGAGAGGAAGUGUUUAAGUCCAUUCCGUCACAUGCAUUGAGAAAAGAUAUUAGUGCUCUGAGAAACCAAAAAAUAUCAUGCAUGAAAAUUAAAUCUCAUCAGGAAAAAGCAA